CUAAAAUGGUCAGAGAGAGACAUUUCUGGGAAGCAGGGAAGGAAGAUUUUCCAUAGUUGGAAAAGAGGGAAGACAAGGUGAAAGGGAUGUGGCCCCUUUCUGUCUGUAGUGACUCCUGCCAGGCUGGAUAUCAGAAGAUCAAGAGGGAUGGGGAGAAAUUUUGCUGCUACGAUUGUGUUCCAUGCCCUGAAGGGAUGGUUUCAGACCAGAAGGACGCGACCCCUUUCUGUCUGUAGUGACUCCUGCCAGGCUGGAUAUCAGAAGAUCAAGAGGGAUGGGGAGAAAUUUUGCUGCUUCGAUUGUGUUCCAUGCCCUGAAGGGAUGGUUUCAAACCAGAAGGAUGCAGAUGAUUGUUUCCACUGUCCCGAAGAUCAGUAUCCAAGCAAGAACAAAGAUCAAUGCAUCCCCAAAGUUAUAACCUUUCUCUCUUAUCAAGAACCUCUGGGGAUCACUCUAGCUUCCACUGCUGCUUCUUUUUCCCUGAUCACAAUCUUAGUGCUCGGAAUUUUUAUUAAGCACAAUGAUACCCCCAUAAUCAAAGCCAACAACCGGGAAUUCUCCUACAUUCUCCUUAUCUCCCUCCUGCUUGGCUUUCUUUUGUCUUUCCUCUAUCUUGGACAACCUACAAGGAUGGCCUGUUAUCUCCAACAGAAUGCUGUCGGCAUGAUCUUGACUCUAGCUAUUUCCUGUGUGUUGGCUAAAACCCUCACCGUGCUUGUAGCUUUCAUGGCCACCAAGCCAGGAUCCAGCAUGAAGAAAUGUCUGGGGAAAAGACUGACCACCUCCGUAGUCCUUUCCAGCUGCCUUAUUCGAGCAGUCAUGAGUGUUGUGUGGCUAGGAAUAUAUCCCCCCUUUCCAUAUCUUGACAUGCAGUCAAUGACUGGAGAGAUAGUUGCAAAAUGUAACAAAGGGCCAAUCGUGGUGCUUUGCUUUCAUCUGAGCCACAUGGGAUUUCUCUUUAUCAUCACCUGCACUGUGGCCUUCCUGGCCAGGAAUUUACCAGAUGCUUUUACUGAAUCCAGGUUCAUCAACCUCAGCUUGUGUAUGCUUUUCAGUGUUUGGUUGUGGUUUGUUCCAACCCUUAUGAGUACUCAGUGGAAAUUCGUGGUGGUUGUGGAGAACCUCUUCAUCUUAGCCUCCAGUGCUGCAUUACUGGGCUGCAUCUUUUCCCCCAAAUGCUACAUUAUUGUACUCAGGCCCAAACUGAAUAGCAGAGAUCAGCUAAGAAGAAGAAAGAAAGAAUAG